UUCCAAUUUCUUGUUAGUUCUACCUACUACUCCCACCCUAAACCAAAACCAGAAAAAAAUAAACUCUCUUUCCUUCACUCUUAGAAAUCCUCAGUUUUCUUGAACAUAAAACUAUGUUAGUUGUACUAUAAUCUUUCUGGAAAACAAACCCUUCCACAAAAAUAUUAUUUCUUGGAAAAAUCUUAACUUGUAUACAUACAUACAUACACCCAUAAUACUACUCUACAGCCAUGGGGGAAGAAAAUGCUUUAAUUGAUCAGAAAGAGAAAGAGAAUGAGAAAGUGAAAGUGAAGGUAAAAUCCGUAGCCUUUGCUCUAUGCUCAGAUGAUAAGGAGACUCACAGAACCCCUACUUCUGCACAAAAGGCUUCAGAUGAUGGGGUGUUGAAAAGUACAGAGAGGCUCAAGGACAGAGAUGUUGCUUUGGCACAGCUUGAGUUAGAGAAGAGAUUGGCUUUGAUCAAAGCAUGGGAAGAGAAUGAGAAAGCUAAAGCUGAUAACAAGGCACACAAAAAGUUGUCUGCUAUUGCAGCAUGGGAGAACACUAAGAAGGCUUCUGUGGAGGCUCAACUGAAGCAAAUUGAGGAGACAUUUGAGAAGAAGAAGGCUGAAUAUGGAGAAAAAAUGAAGAACAAAGCAGCAGAGGUUCACAGGGAAGCAGAAGAGAAGAGGGCAGAAGUUGAAGUGAAGAGAGGAGAACAAAUGCUGAAGCUAGAAGAGUCUGCUGCAAAAUUCCGUUCAACUGGAUAUGUUCCAACCAGGUUUUUGGGAUGCUUCGGCUGUGGUCUUACAACAGAACUUGUAUAGUAUGACACAACGUUAACUUGUGGUGCACACAACAGCAAAUUAACGUUAGUUGUUUGCUACAUUUGAUUUGCAUUGUUUAAUUUGGUCGGUCAUGUAAUCUCAGAUUUAUAUAAUGUAUAUGUAUAUAUAUAUAUAUAUAUAGUUUGAAAUGAGUUAUGAGUGUGUAAGUAAAUUACAAUUUAUCUGUUGCGUAUGUCUUAUGUAUUAUUAGAAGAUGACAUAUAUUUGUAGUGUAUAAAUAUUAAAAUG